AUGUCCAAUGGCGUCUCCUCCAGCGCGGUCUCAAAAUCUACGAAGAAAGCCCACCCUACCUUCCAUUUCGUUGCUGGACUCGCUUCCGGCGUUUCUUCCGCUGUUCUAUUACAGCCAGCCGACCUUCUGAAGACCCGUGUCCAACAGUCCCGCAGCUCAUCCCUCCUUCCUGUCCUACGAUCCAUCCUCGCUGGUCCACAUCCCAUUACUUCUUUAUGGCGAGGCACUGUCCCGUCUGCCUUGCGCACAGGAUUCGGCUCCGCCUUGUACUUUACUAGCCUACACACGCUCCGGCAGUUAGUCGCGAAUAAUGCCGAAAGAACUACACCCAACACACCAGUGAUUGGUAGCAGCGUGCUGCCAAAGCUCUCUUCCACACAAAACCUGCUCACAGGCGCCUCUGCCCGUGUGUUCGCAGGCAUGAUCCUAAUGCCAGUCACCGUUAUCAAAGUCCGGUAUGAAUCCGAUCUGUACAACUACAAAUCUUUAUUUUCGGCUUCCUCCUCCAUAUACCGCAGCGAGGGGCUUCGCGGCUUCUUCUCCGGUUUUGGCGCAACAGCGGUGCGAGAUGCGCCGUAUGCGGGCCUCUAUGUAGUCUUUUACGAAGCCUCGAAGAACUACCUGGCCGGAUGGUCGACCCGCAACUCGGGAGACACUGGAGCGGAACCUAGCCUCAGCUCCCCCUCGAUGUCCAACCCCGCCAUCAACGCAGCAUCUGGUGUUUUCGCCGGCGUGACAGCAACGACACUGACUAAUCCAUUCGACGCUGUCAAGACGCGCCUACAGCUUCUUCCACAGAAGUACGGCAACAUGCUCCAGGCGACGAAGCUCAUGCUCAAAGAAGAUGGCAUCAAGAGUUUCUUCGACGGUCUUGGCCUCAGGAUGGGCCGCAAAGCCGUCAGCAGCGCGCUAGCAUGGACCGUCUACGAAGAGCUGAUCGGCCAAGCCGAAAAAUGGGUGGUCCGGAAGGAAGAAGAGGCGAAGGCUGCGGCACUAUAG